CAUCACUGUUGUAAUAGUGCUAAUUUAUGAUUGCUUCUACUACCAGUGUGACUUUUGAGACAUGUUAAAGGACGUUUAUACGCGCGACCCACCCACCACGCAUCGCUCGUACCAUCCCCAACCAGUUUACAUAUCCGCUUCCUAUCCCCAACGGUAUAUAUCUCACCUAUAAUGGCUUUCCUCCAUUGAGUGCAUAUAUCAGGGAGCCGCUGAUAUAUUUUUUUUCGUCGACUUUCAUCCUUAUCCAGUCUCUCUCAAAAACUGCUUUCCGAUUCAAAUCCCCCUUUGGUCAACUUCAGUUCGUUAUAUCGGAGUCCUGACAGGAAGAACGUCAUCCUCAAUACUGCUCAUACGACCGGCAUGCUUUGCUCCGUUAUCGCAGUACUUACGACUGCGCUCUGGAGAAACUUGCCUUUCAGCCCAACAUCAUGCCUCAACGUUUCAGCAGUCACGAUGGCGUUGUCAUCAAGAUACAUCGAAAGGCAGUAUCGUUUGGCUAGCAAGCUGUUUUGGGUCUCCACACUUGCCGAAGCCGAUAUCGCCUUUGUCCACGCCGAGAUCCUUUCCCAUUUCGCCAUCUUCACCGCUAUUCUUCUCUCCAUUCUCGAAUUCUCUCCCCUCACCAAGGACCAAUCUCCUUUUCUUUCAUGGCUCCGCCUCUUCAUCCUAUGGCUGCCCCUGUUUCAAGGUUCAAUAUCAUGUAAGGACGAGCUACUCUUUCCACAAUCUUGGACAUCGAUGAUACCGCAACGGGGAGAUGAAGUGGAUGUAAAGAGGCUGCAGAGAGAGGCAAGUUGUAAUAAGCCCGAAGGGUUUUGGAUGAAAGCGUACGAAUACGUGAAGAAGUGUGAUAAGGCAGCACAAGCGUCCGGGGAGGGAUCGUCGAUCAAGAUUUGGGAGGAAAGAUUCGCAAAGGCGUGGGUCAAGGAACGUAAAGGUUCGAGGUUGGAGUGUGGUUCUGCCCUCAGAUGAGAAUUGUUUUGUCCACACUAGUUACUUGUAGCUGUUGUAGUACGUUUUAUGCAUUGUAUAAG